AGAAUUUUCAUUUUCAUAUCACUUUUAUUAUUGUCAUGUUUGUUAUCUUCCAUAAAUUCUCAAGAGUUUACAUUGAAUCCUCUCGAGGGAAGAAUAUCUACCAUGCAGUUCAUAAACAGACGUACAGUUUAUGUUCAUACAGAUAAAUAUGUUUAUUUGAGUGCUGACAAGGGUGUUCACUUUCAAAAUUUUAAUCAAAAGGCUAGAAAUUGUCAAGAAGCAAAAUGUAUUCAAACCAUUGCUAGACAUCCUUUUGAUGAUAACGUAUUUAUUUUAAUUUCUAAUUUGAAAAAGUUGUUUUACAUUUGCACAGAUCUCAAUUCUGCCAAUGAAUUUGACAUUGAUAGAAUUAAUUGUGUAGAAAGACCAUUUCCAAAUGAUAAUUCUGAUGCUAAACAAGCUCCGAUUGUGACCAAAGUAGUUUUCCAUCCAAAAAUUCAUAACACUUUACUAGUUUUAAUGAGUAACAAUAGAUUGUAUCUCAGUGAAACUUUGGCUAGUAAUUUCUACUUUUUAAAGUCAGGUGUUAAACAAAUUUCAUUUGCAAAUUCUGAAUCAAAACUCUAUUCCGAUACUCUCUUGUUAGGUAUCAAGGAAAGUGAUGGAAUUAGCUAUUUUUUCAAUAUGGACAGUCGUUCUAGAAAUGAUGAGGAUGAUAAUGAGAUUAUUCGCCAUGCUAGAGAAUUCAUGAUGUAUGGACCAUUCCUUUUCGUUGCGACCAUUGAGGAAGCAACAGAAAAAUACCAAAAAGAAAAAUACAUGGCCAAACUCUUUGUUGGUACUGAUAAUGGACGUUCUUUCAAUAGAGUUUCAAUCUCUCAAUCCACUCAAAACCAUAUCAUUGAAAAAUCAUUCAUUAUUUUGGAUGGAAGCGAAGGUGCUGUAUUGAUUAAUGUUCAACAAGAACAAUCAUCAGCUACUUCCUCAUCUUCAACUUCUUCCAAGUAUGGUAAAGUUUUCAUUUCAGAUGCUCGUGGUGUCAGAUAUAAACAAACAUUAUGGGAUAACAGAAGAGAUGGCAAUCAUGCUGAUUUUACCAAAGUCAAAUCAUUGGAAGGUGUUUAUCUUGCCAAUCAAGUUCAAACCUAUGAUAUGAAUACUAUGGAGUUGUACGAAUGUAACAAUUGUAAUGGCUAUGAAGAUUGUACAAGGAAAUGUAAAACUAAAACUCUCAUUACCUUCGACAAGUCGGUUUGGAGAUACAUUACACCACCAAAGUAUGGAGCCAAUAAGGAGUUAAUCAAUUGUCCAAGUGGUAAUUGCAAGUUGCACCUUCAUGGAUUUUCUGCUGGUACUAAUCCAAACUAUCCAAGACUUCAUUCACACAAGGAUGCAGUUGGUAUCAUUUUCGCAAAUGGUAAUGUUGGAGAAUAUUUAUGGGAAGGAGGAACUAUCAAUACUUACAUGAGUAGAGACGGAGGAUUGAGUUGGACUGAAGUGGCUAAAGGUUCUCAUGUCUAUGAAAUUCUUGAUCAUGGUGGAAUUAUGAUGAUUGCUGAGAAUAAUAGACCAACUGAUACACUCAGGUACAGUUUGGAUGAGGCCAAUACUUGGGUAACAACCAAUUUCACAGAACAUCUCAGAACCUAUAGAAUUAAUAAGAUGUAUGCCAAUGAAAAGUUUGAUCAAUUGGCCAGAUAUGCUCUAAUUCAUGGUUCUGCUGAUACAUCAGGAGAUAUUGUCAUUCGUGUUGAUUUUUCCAAGGUUCACCAAAGGGAAUGCACUGGUAUCAACAAUCCAUACGACCAAAACAGUGACUAUGAAUAUUUCAAACCACACAACUAUAACUCCAAGUGCUUACUGGGUAGAGUUGUUGAGUAUACCAGGAGAAAGAGAACUUCCAUGUGUUUCAAUCCAAGUCUCACUGAAGGAAAACCUGUCAAGAUCACAAAUUGUGAGUGUACAUAUGCUGACUAUGAAUGUGACUAUGGAUAUGAGAAGAAGAGAAUUGAUGAUGUCAAAUUUAGUUGUGUAGCAAUCAAUGCCAAAUUGGAAGAGGAAUCAAAGGCUCCAUCUCUUUCCUCAUGCCAAACAGAAAAUUACUAUAAUGAAUCUAGAGGAUAUGCCAGAAUUCCUGGAAAUACUUGUAAUGGAGGUUUGAGCAGUCAAUUAGAUCCUAUUAAGAGAGAUUGUCCAAAAUCAAUGAGUAAUUGGGCUGUAUUCAUUAUUGUUCUCUUCUUUGUUAUGGUAUUGACUUUUGGUGCAUUGCUUUUCUACAAACAAAGUGGAUUUUUACAACAAUUAUUCAAUCCUAACAAGAUGAGAUAUAGAUACAAUCAGCUCAUCAAUGAUAUGAAUACCCCUGAUACUGCAUUCGGUCGAGACAUUGAGAGAAAUCAACCAUCAUCCUUCCAAGACAACAGAAUUCAAUCCGAUGACGAAGAUGAUGAAGAUUUUGGCCUUGAUGUUAUUGAGGAAGAGGAAGAAGCACCAGAAGAAAUGCAUCCAGGUUCUUUUGGAUCAUCUAAACAUUAAGCAGAUCUGAUAAUAAUAGAUAGAAAAGUUCCGACAUCCAAUUCUUUAUGUUCUACAUGAGUGAACAAAUUAUUAUUGAGCAUGUUCGUUCAAGGAGAAAAUGCACUGAACGAACAUUACACACAAUUAAAUUCUCUAUUUUUGUUA